AUUUAUUUAUUUAUUUAUUUAUUUAUUUAUUUAUUUAUUUAUUUAUUUUGUUUUUAGUAAUGUUUUGUGGCUGAUAUUCGAGAGAGAGUAAUACUUUGAACACUACUGAAAGGAAAUCUAAGAAAGUGCACGUCUUUUAAAGAGCUGUGUCACAAAUAACCCUAUUAAAAAAUGGGGCUCAGAGCUAAACAAAGAAUUCACAGCUGAGGAAUGCCGAAUGGCUGAGAAACACCUAAAGAAAUGUUCAACAUCUUUAGUCAUAAGGGAAAUGCAAAUCAAACAACCCUGAGAUUUCACCUCACACCAGUGAGAAUGGCUAAGAUAAAAAACUCAGGUGACAGCAGAUGCUGGCGAGGAUGUGGAGAAAGAGGAACACUCCUCCAUUGUUGGUGGGAUUGCAGACCGGUACAACCAUUCUGGAAAUCAGUCUGGAGGUUCCUCAGAAAAUUGGACAUUGAACUGCCUGAGGAUCCAGCUAUACCUCUCUUGGGCAUAUACCCAAAAGAUGCCCCAACAUAUAAAAGAGACACGUGCUCCACUAUGUUCAUCGCAGCCUUAUUUAUAAUAGCCAGAAGCUGGAAAGAACCCAGAUGCCCUUCAACAGAGGAAUGGAUACAGAAAAUGUGGUACAUCUACACAAUGGAAUAUUACUCAGCUAUCAAAAACAACGAGUUUAUGAAAUUCGUAGGCAAAUGGUUGGGACUGGAAAAUAUCAUCCUGAGUGAGGUAACCCAAUCAUAGAAAAACACACAUGGUAUGCUUUCAUUGAUAAGUGGACAUUAGCCCAAAUGCUUGAAUUACCCUAGAUGCCUAGAACAAAUGAAACUCAAGAUGGAUGAUCAAAAUGUGAAUGCUUCACUCCUUCUUUAAAAGGGGAACAAGAAUACCCUUGGCAGGGAAUAGAGAGGCAAAGAUUAAAACAGACACAGAAGGAACACCCAUUCAGAGCCUGCCCCACACGUGGCCCAUACAUAUACAGCCAUCCAAUUAGUCAAAAUGGAUGAAGCAAAGAAGUGCAGGCUGACAGGAGCCGGAUGUAGAUCGCUCCUGAGAGACACAGCCAGAAUACAGCAAAUACAGAGGCAAAUGCCAGCAGCACUGAACUGAGAAUAGGACCCCCGUUGAAGGAAUCAGAGAAAGAACUGGAAGAGCUUGAAGGGGCUCGAGACCCCAUAUGUACAACAAUGCCAAGCAACCAGAGCUUCCAGGGACUAAGCCACUACCUAAAGACUAUACAUGGACUGACCCUGGACUCUGACCUCAUAGGUAGCAAUGAAUAUCCUAGUAAGAGCACCAGUGGAAGGGGAAGCCCUGGGUCCUGCUAAGACUGAACCCCCAGUGAACUAGAUUGUUGGGGGGAGGGCGGCAAUGGGGGGGAGGAUGGGGAGGGGAACACCCAUAAGGAAGGGGAGGGGGGAGGGGGAUGUUUGCCCGGAAACCGGGAAAGGGAAUAACACUCGAAAUGUAUAUAAGAAAUACUCAAUAAAAUAAAAAAAAAAAAAAAAAAAAAAAAGAGCUGUGUCACACCAGUGUUUGGGCCCUCUGCUGAAAAAGGAGAGAGAAGUCUCAAAUGCCUUUUGUGCCCUCUAGUGUUACAAAUAUGGGGCAGCACUGGAUCAUGUGAAUGUAACAUAUCUUCCACCUGCUGCAUGAUAUGCUUUGGUAGCUUUAUCAAAGAUGGUUUCAAUAUUACUCAGGAUGUUUUCUUUCUAGAUGAUUUGAAAGCUAAAUAAUAUACACAUACAUACAUACACACAUAUAUGUAUAUGUAUAUACUUAUAUACGUAUAUAUAUAUUGUGCUGGUACCCUAAUGGUCACAGACCUGUCCUGUUUUCUGGUUGUUUGGUGGUGUUUGCCUGUUUGUUUGUUUGUUUGUUUUUAAGGUGAGGCUGUACAUCUACGAUUUUGUUCCUAUGACUACAGGACCUGGAAAAGCUGUUGUUAUUGAUGCAUAGCACACUGCUAUUAUUUGUCUUAAUACAUAUUUAUAAAUAUAUUUAUAUAGAUAUUUUCACCUUUAAUUUUAAUUUUUUUAAACUGUAUUUGUGCUUUCAAGUUUGGGAUGGGGAAGCACCCGGGUUCACCGUGUUGAGCUGUCGUUGUACAGAAAUCAGCAGCCAUAUUGGUCUAGAAACAUUAAGCCUACUUUCUUUUCCAUUUGCACAGGGGUUACUUCACUGAGGUAAAGCCUUAUCCGUGUGAGUUCGAUUACUAAUAAAAUGUUCUCUAAAUAAAGGGGUGACGUUUUCCCAUUCAAAUCUCUGGAUUAUGUGAGUUAGAAAGAAUCUCUGCGAUUGUUCUGGCACCAUAAAGGAAACAAAUCCAGAGAUAACAGCGAACCAACGACAGACUCGGAGGCCCAGACCAUAUCUCCGGAUUCCCCGACACCGGGCUAUCGCUGCCCUCCACCCCAUUGCGAACGCUGCAGCUGGCUCCCGGUCCAUCGGCUCCAGGUGAAGGCGCCCUUCCCUAGAGGCCUGGGAGGAAGCGCACUCACUUGAUGGAGACGUGUAGGACAGGCUUUCGCGACUCAGCGAUUCCCCUAGGCUCGCCAGCUCGGCAGGCUGGAGGGAGCUGGGCGCUAGGACAGAGCGGGCCUCGGUUGCUGGGGCGACCGGGCGACCUCUCACCCGGAAGCAAACAUGCAAGGGGCCAAUCGGAAGACGCCUGGGCGGGGCAGCUGCUGCGGGUGAGGUCCAAGAAGGAGGCCGAACCCAGCCCGGACCCCGACCCUGGGUGCCGCCUCCUGAGCUCUGAGGCCAGCGACGCUACGAGCCAGGUGAAAAUGAGUUCUUCAGUGAGAAGAAAAGGCAAGCCAGGCAAAGGGGAUGGAAAGGGGUCUUCUAGAGGAGGAAGAGGAGGCAGAGGACACGUGAAUAAAUCUCAUGGGGGUGGAGGUAGUGGCGGCGGUGGCUGCGGCGGUGGCGGUGGUGGUGGCAGCGGCAGUAGAAAGGCCUCAAAUAGAAUUUGGGAUGAUGGCGAUGACUUUUGUGUCUUCACUGAAUCCAAGCGCCCGUCCAGGCCCUGCGACAGUAACAAAAGCAAAGGAGAAACACGGCCUAAGUGGAAGCCCAAAGCCAAAGUGCCCCUUCAGACGCUGCACAUGACAUCAGAGAAUCAGGAGAAGGUGAAAGCCCUUCUGAGGGACCUGCAGGAACAGGGUGCGGACGCGGGAUCCGAAAGAGGCUCCUCCGGGGAGGAGGAAGAGGACGCGCCCGAGGGCGCUGCCGAGCAGAGCUGGUCAGCUGGACCAGAGCCGACCUUUCUUCCCGACUGCCGUCCUUGGGAGUAUAUAGGCCCAGAAGAAGUGGAGCCUCCUCUUCCGGAAUUUACAGUCUCGCCACUGGCAGUGCAAAAACUUUCCAGGUAUGGCUUUCACACGGAGCACUGUCAGCUGGCCCUGAGGAUCUGUGAGGGAGACUUAGGGGCAGCACUAGAGCACCUUCUGCACCAGUGCUUCUCGGAGACGUUUGGAGAGAGGAUGGCACUGUCUGAGGCCGCUGUUUCUGUAAGCUUGGAUGAGUGCGUGGAGCAGAGACAGGAAGAGACACUUGCUCUCAAGUCCAUCUGUGGAGAAAAAUUUAUAGAAAGAAUUCAGAACAGAGUCUGGACCAUUGGAUUGGAACUGGAAUAUUUGACCAACAAAUUCUGCAAGUCUAAGCAAAAGGAAAGUAACAAAAAUGUACGGGACACUUCACCUGAAACCUGUAAAUUUUACCUCAAAGGAAACUGUAAAUUUGGAUCAAAAUGCAAAUUCAAACAUGAAGUGCCCCCACAUCAGAUCAUUGGGAGAACGGAGAGAAACGUAAACGACCCUCAUCUGGAUGCUGAGAACGACACCACUUUUCUGUAUGAGCUUCAGAUCCGCUUUUCUAAAGACCACAAAUACCCCUACCAGGCUCCCCUCGUGGCGUUUUAUUCCACCAAUGAGAACCUACCUCUGGCUUGUCGUUUACAUAUUUCUGAGUUCCUUUAUGGCAAGGCCUUGGAGUUCGCAAAAACUUCAGAACCUGUUGUAUAUUCUUUGAUAACCCUUUUAGAGGAAGAGUCUGAGAUUGUCAAGUUACUAACACACACUCAACAUAAGUACAGUGUUCCUCCCAUCAACGUCCCUCCAGCACCAUCCGAGACCAGAAUAAGUAAACCUGCCUACCGCAAACCAGUGAUCCCAAGUAACACUUUUCUUUCUAAUCAGAUGCUGGAAGGGGAAGGAUUAUCAGAGCUGGAGGAGGAUGCAGAUGAGGACGAAGGCCCUGCUCCAAUUGUCGUGGAGAAUGAAAGCUAUGUGAACCUUAAGAAAAGGAGUUACAGAAGGUGUGACCGGCCUGCAAAGUCCUUAUUUGCUGAGAACAGUAAGAUCUGCAGGCAGUUCCAGAUGAAACAGGCUUCCAGACAGUUCCACGCAAUUCUGCAAGAAAGACAGUUACUACCUGCUUGGGAAGAAAGAGAAACCAUUCUUAAAUUGUUGAGCAAGCACCAAGUGGUUGUCAUAAGUGGUAUGACUGGAUGUGGGAAAACCACACAGAUUCCACAGUUUAUUCUGGAUAAUUCUCUGAACGGGCCACCUGAGAGGGUGGCAAACAUCAUCUGUACCCAACCCCGACGAAUCUCUGCGAUCUCUGUUGCUGAGCGUGUUGCUAAGGAAAGAGCAGAAAGAGUGGGUCUGACGGUGGGCUAUCAGAUCCGGUUGGAAAGUGUCAAGUCCUCAGCCACCAGACUGUUAUACUGCACCACAGGAGUGCUGCUGAGAAGGCUGGAAGGGGACGCAACUUUGCAGGGAGUCACCCACAUCAUUGUUGAUGAAGUCCAUGAGAGGACAGAAGAAAGUGACUUCUUACUGCUAGUGUUAAAGGACAUUGUGAUGCAGAGAGCAACUCUCCAGGUCAUUCUUAUGAGUGCCACUCUGGACGCUGGGCUCUUCUCCAAGUAUUUCAGCUACUGCCCUGUCAUCACCAUACCAGGUCGUGCAUUUCCUGUUGAUCAGUUUUUUCUGGAGGAUGCACUUGCCGUGACCAGGGCACAGCCAGCAGAAUCCUGGACUGCUAAGAAGGUAGCACAUGAGCUGGACAGAAACAAGAGCAUUCUGCUAAGGGUAUGUGUUACAGGACGGGAGCCCGUAUAUGCGCUCCAUGAAACAGAUUGCGAAGGAAAGGCUUAAAGCCAGGCACAACAGAACUGCACUGGAGGAGGUGGAAGAAGACCUGAGGCUGGCCCUUCACCUCCAGGACGAGGAGGAGUCUGUCAAAGACACAA